UGGAAAAAUUAAUUUAAGCCAAUAAAUAUUUGUGUAUAGGACUUUUCUGACGUUUUGUCGCGUUUACAAACAAACAUAACCUCAAACAAAUCAAAUGUCAGCGAUUAAUCAGAAAGAAUAUUUAAAGAAAUAUUUAGGUAUAGGGAAAAAUCCUGGUGAUAAAAAGAAACGCAAAAAGAAGGAUAAAGCAGUGUCAAAAAGUGUUAAGAUCAUCGACGAUGACGACUACGGCUUCACACAAGAAGUACAAGAAGAUAUUAACGGAGAAAACGAAGAUGCGCCUCAAAUUGUGGCUGUAAUAGAUGAACGACCGCCAUCACUACGAGUCGAUGAUCAAAACAAUAAACUAUGGAAGCCCAUAGGAGAGGCAACCACCACUACAGCCUCAAGCACUGGAUUUAAUUUUAAGCUCGGGCAGAAAGAAGCGUCCAAAAGUAAAAAAGAUUUGAGUAGAUAUGAAAGUCUACCGUCUAAAAAACAGAAUAAAAUUGAUAAUGAUGAGUCCCCACCGAGAAGACGGAAGAGGAGUGAAGAUAAAUCACCGCCAAGGAAGAUUAAAGUAGAGCCUGACAGUGAUGAAUCACCUCCCAGAAGAAGAAACGAAGGUAAUUCGCCUCCUAGAAAAAGUAGAAAGAUUUCAGAGGAUAAAUCUCCUCCUCGAAGAAUAAAACAAGAAAGAAAUGAAGAUAAUUCGCCUAAUGGAAGGGAUAGUCAAUUGGAAGGUGAUAUAUCACCUCCCAGGAGGAGAAAUAAAGACAGUUCACCUCCAAGGAGAAGAAAUAUUGAAGAUAUAUCACCACCCAGAAGAAAUGCUAAUAAAGAUAUUUCACCACCAAGAAGAGGUAAAAAUGAAGAUAUUUCUCCUCCUAGGAGAAAAAAUAAGGAUAUGUCUCCACCAAGAAGAAAAAAAAAUGAAGAUAAUUCACCUAGAAGCAGCAGAAAUGAAGAUAAUUCACCACCAAGAAGAAAAACAUCUAAAGGAGACAACCAACCAAAAAAAUCAAGAUGGGGGGAAUGGCCAGACUCAUCUCCACCAAGAAAAAAACAUUCUGAAGACGACAAAAUGAAGAAAACGCUUGACGGUAAAAAGGCGGGCCUUCAAAAUGCUCUGGACUUGGUUAAAGAAACGCAAGCUCUGAAGCAAAGGGAAGACGCGAUCUUCAAAAACAUGUCGGCUGAAGUUUCGGGACAAAAUGCACAAACAGUGGUGAGAAAUAAAAAAGUUGUGGAUCCUGAAGAAGAAGCCUUAAAGCAAAGAAGAGAAAGGGAGAAUAAGGAGAAGUACAGUAAGUGGGGUAAAGGAUUGAAGCAAGUUGAGGAUUGCAACGAAAGGAUAGCUGAAGAGUUACACGAGAUGAGCAAACCUUUAGCCAGGUACGCAGAUGAUGAGGAUUUAGAGAGGUAUUUGAAAGAUCAGGAGAGAGAUGGGGAUCCUAUGUUGGCUUAUAUUAGGAAGAAAAAGAAGAAAGUUGCUGUGGAAGCCGGGGUACCAGAGAAACCGGAGUACAUGGGGGAGUACAUGCCCAACAGAUUCGGCAUAAAACCUGGCUACAGAUGGGAUGGUGUGGACAGAUCCAGUGGUUAUGAAAAGAAGUGGUUUACAGUGCAAAAUUCCAAGAAAGCGGCCCUCGAAGAGUCCUACAAGUGGAGCACAGAAGACAUGAUGUCAGCCACGGCCCCUCUGUGCCUGAUUUGUCAGGGCGCUUGUGUUUCUGUAACGAAUUCUAUUCAAAUAUUCAACAAAAAUGUGACUACAAAUUCUGGAAGACCCUUGGCUCCGAUAGUUUCGCAACUAUUGGACAGGGAGGUCAAGGAAGAAAAUGCUCAGACUCAACUGUUGUGCAAAAAAUGUUUCAAGCUUUGCAACGAAGUUGACGAGCUUACAAAUAGAGUGUCUCAAAUAAAAUCCAGUGUUUUGAGCCGCAAACAACCUGAUAAGGACGAUGAUGAUGAUGGGGAAGAGGAAGAUGAAGAAAAACACGAUAUGGAUACAGUUCAGGAAAGUGAAGUGCCAAAGAAGAUUUUGGAUAUACCAUCAUCUGAUGAAGAUACAGGAAAUGAUAAAACCUACCAAACCAUUGAGGACAUUGAAAUGGAGUUGGGUAAAAUUCACGGGACUGAAGACGAGGUUGAGAAAGACGAUAUAGAAAUGUCCGAAAAUUACAGGGACUUUGUCAGUAGUGCUGCCAGUGACAUAAUGGAUUCGGGGGCUGUGGAUCACUCCUCCGAUUCCGAUUAUGAUGCUUCCCAAGACAGUUCCGAUGAUAUUUUGGUUAGAGCCGCAGCUGUUGCAGAGCGUAACAUUAUGGACGGGGUGCGGGUGAAGCUGGAGCCGAUAUCGGAAGAGGGCACCUCUCAGCAGGGCCCGGAAAAACCGAACAUCCUCAAGCGCAAAAGCGUCGCGAUCGCGAACGGCGGCGAGGACGUGAAAGAGGACGCGCUGCUGAACGUGCCGAUAGUCGAGCGCGACGGCAACCUGUACACGUGCCUGCUGUGCCAGGGCGACGAGACCGUGGCCGGCGAGGCCAAAGCCAUCUCGGCGCACAUGAAGAUAUCGCACGGCACGCGCCUCUACAUCUGCGACGUGUGCGGCAUGGACUUCCGCAAGCGCAACGAGCUCUCCGCGCACCUGGACGACCACGUGGCCGCCGAGGAGGGCGACUUCCAGUGCGAGGUGUGCAACAGGAUCUUCAACAACCUGCGGCUGUUCAGGAUCCACCGCAGGAUGCACUACCCGCAGAACAAGGCGUGGACGUGCGAGACGUGCGGCAAAAAGUACAGCAGCAAGAACCUGCUCGACGAGCACGUCAACACGCACCUGGGCGUGCGCCCGUACGUGUGCGGCCUGUGCGGCAAGGAUUUCGCCAGCAAGUACACGUACAAGGCGCACGAGAAGACGCACGAAGUAAGACCGAGGCCCUACAGGUGCCAGCACUGUCCCAAGUCCUUUCUCAGCCACCAGAACUUGACGCAGCACGAGAGGACGCACUCGGGGAUCAAGGAGUUCGCUUGCCACUUGUGCGGCAAGCAGUUCGGCUCCGCACACAAUCUAGAGGUGCACUCCAUCGUUCACACCGGCUACAAGCCGUUCGUGUGCGGGCUGUGCGGCAAGGCGUUCGCGCGCAAGGCCGAGAUCCGCGACCACGAGCGCAUCCACACCGGCGAGCGGCCGUACCAGUGCGAGAUGUGCGGCGCCACCUUCAGCCAACGCUCGAACCUCCAGUCGCACAAGAGGGCCACGCAUUACGACGACAAGCGCUACAUCUGCAAGGAAUGCGGAAAAGGUUUCAAGAGACGCCGCCUUCUCGAUUACCACGUGAAAGCUGCUCAUACCGGCGAAAGGCCGUUCAAAUGCGACGUUUGCGAGGCAACGUUCGUGUACCCGGAGCACUUUAAGAAGCACCGUCGGAUCCACACCGGCGAGAAGCCGUUCUUGUGCGAGGUGUGCGGCAAAGCGUUCAACAGCAGGGACAACAGGAACGCUCACAGAUUCGUGCAUUCGGACAAGAAGCCGUACGAGUGCCUGGUGUGCGGCGCCGGGUUCAUGCGCAAGCCUUUGCUCUACCAGCACAUGCAGUCGCAGGGGCACCUGAACGACACGAUCGUGGUGAACCAGCCGCGGCUCACCACCGACGACGAUCAGCUCGUCACUGUGAACGCGGCCGGCGAGAUGGAGAUCGUCGACGCGUCCUCCGUCUCGGAAGCGAAGCUGUACAUCGCGGACGGCGACGGCGCCGAGCACAUCCUCAUCGACGGGCAGCAGAUCAACUUCGCCGCCGCCUCCGCCGGCGGCUCCGACGACGACGACGACCAGCAGGACGCCGAGAUCGUGGACGAGAUCGAGCAGGUGGUCAUCGGCACCGACGAGGACUACGAGGAGAUCAUCACCUCCGAAGCGUUGGCAAAUGGUGAAACUCAAAUAAUUGAGACUCCUGAUGGACCAAUUCAAUUGGUAAAAGUUAGAAUACCAAAUGAGGAUGGGGAAGAGGAAGAGACUUGGAUAAAAAUAGUACCAGAAUAAUUUUAAAACUUUCGUAAUAAUUAUUGUUAAAAAACAUCUACCAUUAGUUGAUUUAGAAUUGUAAUGAAAUACAAUGAAGUAUUUAAGUUAUCCAGUUAUGCAUGUUGAAUUAAUUAAUUAAUUAAUAAAAUAAAACAAA